AUAACUUUUUAUUUUAAAAUAAAAUCUAUACAGCAACAACAUCUCACCUAUUAGUCGAUGUGUGUUGAAUUGAAAUAAUGGCAAAACUUGUUGAAUGCGUUCCAAAUUUUUCGGAAGGACGUGAUAGCACAAUAAUCCAAGCGAUUGCUGAUGCUAUUAAAAAAACGCCUGGCUGUAGUGUGUUGGACGUUGACCCAGGAGCAUCAACAAAUCGUACUGUGUACACCUUCGUUGGAUCACCCGACGAUGUUGUCAAUGGAGCGUUAGCUGGCGCUAGAGCAGCAUAUCAACUGAUUGAUAUGACGAAGCAUAAAGGCGAGCAUCCACGAAUGGGCGCACUGGAUGUUUGUCCUUUCAUCCCGGUUAAAAAUGCCACUAUAGACGACUGUACCACAUGUGCGAAUGAAUUUGGAAAAAGGAUUGCAGAAGAGUUGAAUAUUCCUAUUUACUUGUAUGGAUUUUCAGCAAAUGAAGAGAAGCGUAAACUACUCCCAUCUAUACGUUCAGGGGAGUAUGAAAAUCUUCCCAAUAAGUUAUCAGAUUCAGAAUGGAAGCCGGAUUAUGGCCCCGCAACAUUUGUACCUAGCUGGGGAGCAACUGCAACUGGAGCAAGAAACUUCCUAAUUGCGUAUAACGUUAACUUGUUGAGCACAAAGGAACAAGCUCACCGGAUCGCGCUGGAUUUACGAGAAACUGGAAGAGGCAAAGGGACGCCGGGAAAGCUGAAAAACGUCCAAGGUAUAGGCUGGUAUUUGAAGGAGCAAAAUUUAGCUCAGAUAUCAACAAAUAUCACCGAUUACACAGUUACUCCCAUACAUAUGGUGUACGAGGAGGCAAAAAAAUGCGCCGAGGAAUUGAAACUUCCAGUUACUGGGUCUGAGGUAGUAGGCCUAGUUCCACUUGAUUCUAUACUACAAGCGGCGGAGUUCUACAUCGAGAAAGAGCAUCUGUUCGUUUUGGAAGAGCGAGAUAAAGUACGACUUGCUAUCAACAGGCUUUCUUUGAAUUCUCUCGGACAGUUUGAUCCCGAUAAGCGAAUCAUUGAAUAUUGCGUUAGGGACGACGCGAAAGACUUUCCUCUAGGAUCGUUAACAUUGAAGAAUUUUAUUGCUUCAGUUGGGGAAAGAACUCCGGCUCCUGGAGGUGGAUCCGUGUCAGCGGCGGUUGCGGCAAUGGGAGCAGCACUCGGGACCAUGGCAGGGUUGAUGACAUAUGGGAAACGUCAGUGGGAAUCGCAGGAUGAUCUUAUGAGAAAAAACAUUCCGUCAAUUUAUAAUAUAAUGAGUGAACUCAUUCCGAUGAUCGACCAAGAUGCAAAAGCAUUCGAUGGAUACAUGGCAGCAAUGAAAAUGCCACGAAAAACGGAAGAAGAAAUAGCUAAUAGAAACCAAGCCAUGCAAGAAGGAAUUGUCCAGGCAAUUCGUGUUCCUCAAAAAGUAAUUGAUACAGUGAAUCAAUCCUGGGUAUGGUUGACAGAAAUUGCCCAGAACUGCAAUAUAUCUUGCGCUUCCGAUAUACAGGUUGGCGUCAAGUGCCUUGAGACUGGUGCGUGGGGAGCCUUUCAGAACGUACUCAUCAAUCUGAAGGACGUGAAAGAUGAAACUAUCCGUGAUCGUUUACGAGACGAAGCAGAGAAAUCCAUUGUAGAUGCACAAAAUCAAUCUAAAACUGUCUUAGAAAUAAUUCAAAAUCGCUUGAAUUAGUUACAGCAAGUGAUAGCGUAUGAUAUAUAACUCUCGUCUUAGUUUUUUUUUUGCUAUGCUUUCCCUUUCUGGUGUUUAGAUCCAAAGAUAAGCGAAAAAGAUUAAAUCAGAGCGUAAGUAAGUAAUCAAAAACCAGAAAAAUUUAUCAUGGGAUCAAAUGCGCGCGCGUAUAUGAAAUGAAUAUUGAUUGUUGUUAUUGUUAGAUUGGUGAAAUGCUUGUAUUAUCAUACACGGAUAUGAUCCGUGCCUUCUGAGAGACGGAAAAUGUGAUUUGAAUUAAACAGCCUAGCAAUGCGUAUUCAUAUCUAA